CACGUCCUGGUGCUCCGCGCCACACGAGCGCUUCUCUUUCUCUUCCAGGAGAGGAGAGGAGAGCCAAGCUUGCCUCACCGUGUUAUCCUUUUUCCAUCCGCGCGCCCCGCUGUCUCCAUUCUCUCCAUCUCGGCCUAUCCAGUCCCUUCCCUUCGUGUGGAGAUUGGCAGAUUGCGGCACAAAUGAUGUUACGGCAGGGCACGAAUCACGUCUUCCUCACCGAAGGCUCUUCCAACAUUCUCCACUGUCCCAGCUCUAGAGGCACAACCAGCAAGAGCCGCGGCACCGUCCGGUUCCACCGGUGCUGUGUGAGGGCUAACCUAUGGAGGACUGACCACCUCCAUGUAAACAUUGCUCGGUCCGAGGUCAAGGUACACAAUGUAUUGCAAGUAUCUGAUGUUCUCAAUGGCAUCAAUAAUUGGAGCAAAUUGCAACUGGUCACCAUGACAGGGCUGGUGGCAUGUGUAGUUCUUGUAGUCCCUUCGGCUGGUGCCACUGAUGCUCUCAAGACAUGUACUUGCCUGCUCAAGGAAUGCAGGAUAGAGCUGGCCAAAUGCAUAGCCAACCCAUCCUGUGCAGCAAAUGUGGCAUGCUUGAAUACAUGCAAUAAUCGACCUGACGAGACCGAAUGCCAGAUCAAAUGUGGGGAUCUGUUCGAGAACAGUGUGGUCGAUGAAUUCAAUGACUGUGCCGUUUCACGCAAAAAGUGUGUCCCAAAAAAGUCUGAUGUUGGCGAGUUCCCAGUCCCUGAUCCAUCUGCCCUUGUCAAGAACUUCAACAUAGCAGAUUUUACUGGCAAGUGGUACAUUUCAAGUGGCCUAAAUCCUACCUUCGACGCAUUUGAUUGCCAGCUUCAUGAGUUUCAUGUCGAGGGGGACAGACUUGUUGCAAAUUUGGCAUGGAGAAUCCGCACCCCCGACACCGGUUUCUUCACCAGGGGGGCAGUGCAGCGGUUCGCGCAGGACCCUUCACAACCCGCAAUACUAUAUAACCAUGACAAUGAGUACUUGCACUAUCAAGAUGACUGGUACAUUCUCUCAUCAAAAAUAGAGAACAAGGAAGAUGACUACAUAUUUGUGUACUACCGUGGAAGAAAUGACGCAUGGGAUGGAUAUGGUGGCGCUGUUGUGUACACAAGAAGCAAACAAUUACCUGAAACAAUAGUGCCUGAGCUAGAAAGGGCAGCGAAAAGUGUAGGGCGGGAUUUUUCCACAUUCAUCAGGACAGACAACACCUGUGGUCCUGAGCCUCCUCUUGUGGAUAGAAUCGAGAAGACUGUUGAGAAAGGAGAGAAGAUCAUCGUUGAUGAGGUGAAGGAGAUUGAGGGGGAGCUUGAGGGAGAAGUCGAGGAGCUGGAGAAGGAAGAGGAGACACUGGUUAAGAGGUUGGCUGAUGGCCUCACAGAGGUCAAACAGGAUGUGAUGAACUUCUUGCAGGGGUUAAGCAAGGAGGAAAUGGAACUUUUGGAUCAGCUGGACUUGGAGGCAACCCAGGUUGAGGAGUUAUUCAGCCGUUCCCUGCCAAUAAGGAAGCUAAGGUAGGCUAGUUCUAGCAGACAAUCCAAACUACGUAAGGAGGAUUUGCAGAACAGGGUGUCAUUCAGCAAUGAUAAAAAAUAGAAUCGAAUUGCCGAGGGAAUACCUACAAACUGCAGUAACAGGUUGUUCAACAGACAUCAGAAUUUUGGAUCUGAUAAUAUUUUACCCAUCUUCACAGCAUGUUCCCAGAUUAGCUUAUGUAUAAAGCAUCAGUAAGUAUGUAAUUUUCUAUCAAAAGAAGGUACAUAACUUUAUACAACUGUUGCUAAUAGGCUCUGGAAUGAUUAUAUCUUUUUCUGGGAAAUUUCAAAUUAUAUUAGUAUCC